UCGUCCUUGGGUCCUGAGUGAAGACAUCGCCGCAGCGAUUGCUGGGAUCGUUCUUUCCUGCUUGGUCUCUGAGGCAAAAAAGAUGGGCAAGUGUCGCGGUCUGCGUACAGCCAGAAAACUGCGUAACCACCGCCGUGAGCAGAAAUGGCAUGACAAGCAGUACAAGAAGGCUCAUCUGGGCACUGCCCUCAAGGCUAAUCCCUUCGGAGGAGCUUCCCACGCCAAGGGAAUUGUCCUUGAGAAAGUAGGUGUUGAAGCUAAACAGCCAAAUUCUGCUAUCAGAAAAUGUGUAAGAGUCCAGCUUAUCAAGAACGGCAAGAAGAUCACUGCCUUUGUUCCCAAUGACGGCUGUCUGAACUUCAUCGAGGAGAACGACGAGGUUCUGGUGGCAGGAUUCGGUCGUAAGGGCCAUGCCGUGGGUGACAUUCCCGGUGUGCGCUUCAAGGUGGUCAAGGUGGCCAAUGUGUCCCUCCUGGCCCUCUACAAAGGCAAGAAGGAGAGACCCAGAUCAUAAAAUGGACAGACCUGGGAAUUAAUAAAACGCUUUACAACUCCGUU